GCAUGUCGGCCCCGGAGAGCAGCGCUGGCAGCAGCGAGGCCCGGGAGGACGCGUGCCGCGACUACCAGUCGUCGCUGGAGGACCUGACGUUCAACAGCAAGCCGCACAUCAACAUGCUGACCAUCCUGGCCGAGGAGAACGUGCCCUUCGCCAAGGACAUCGUCUCCCUGAUCGAGGCGCAAAUCGCCAAGGCUCCUGCAUCAGAGAAGCUACCCGUUAUGUACCUAAUGGAUUCCAUUGUCAAGAAUGUGGGAAGAGAGUAUCUCACAGCAUUUACUAAAAACCUAGUUGCAACAUUUAUUUGUGUAUUUGAAAAGGUGGAUGAAAAUACUAGGAAAAGUUUAUUUAAAUUACGCUCCACAUGGGAUGAUAUUUUUCCUUUGAAGAAACUAUAUGCACUUGAUGUCAGAGUCAACUCACUAGAUCCUGCCUGGCCAAUUAAACCUCUGCCCCCAAAUGUGAAUACUUCUAGCAUCCAUGUGAAUCCUAAGUUUUUAAAUAAAUCGCCAGAGGAAUCUAGUGCACCUACCUCUGCUGUCACUUCUGGUGCCUCUACUCCUCCAGCUGUUCCUGAAAUACAAAAGAAUUUGACACAGGAGCAGCUGAUAAGGCAACAAUUGCUUGCAAAGCAAAAACAGUUGUUAGAACUUCAGCAAAAAAAACUAGAGCUGGAGCUGGAACAGACUAAAGCACAGUUGGCUGUGUCUCUCAGUGUUCAGCAGGGAUCAUCUAAUAUAGCUUCAGUUCCAGCACCUUCCAAGCAACACAUGUCUCCCACACCUCAUAUGACAGUUAAACCACCUCAUCAAACUGCUGUGCAAUCUGAAAAAAACAAACCAUCCCCAAGUCCUCCACUUCAUGAUAUCAAAAUAGUGAACAGGGAUCCUCGACUUAAUAGGAUGGGUCAACAUUCUUCUCAUACUAAAGAUCAGUCUCACAGGAAAGAAUUUUCACCGAGUGUGACUGGUCAGUCUGAGACCAAGGGAAACAAAACAGCACAGGCUGAAAAACAGAACUCAACAAAGUCAGAAAAAUCAAAAGCAAGUGAAAAAACACAGAAGAAAGAACUAGAACAGUCCAAAGCAAAAUCUAAAUCGCCAUCCCCUUUAAAAAAUAAACUGCCCGAUACUAAAGACAGUGAAAGCACUAAGGUUUCUGACAUCAGUAAGCGGGAUCCAAGACUGAAAAGACAUCUUCAAGAUAAGUCAGAGGGGAAAGAAGAGGAGGUCAAAGAAAAGAGGAGAAGUACAGAAAAGAAGGAGAAAGAGGAGCAUAAGACAUGUGAACAUAGACUGGUGGGGAGCAGAAAUAAAGUGAUUAACGGUGCUGUUCAGAAACAAGACGGGACUACAGAGGAGUCAGAAAAACAGGGUGGAAAACAAGGAAGAUCCAGUAGUAGAAAACGGUCACGGUCACGCUCUCCUAAGGCAAGAUCACCAUCUACACAUUCUCCAAAAAGACGGGAGAGGAGAUCACCUAAAAGAAGACUUCGGAGUUUAUCUCCUACUUCAUCAACUCCUAAAAUUGGAAAGAUACGUCAGAUAGGCCCUAAGCAGUCUCAUGUUGAAGAAGGCACACAAGCAGCAAGAGAUGAAAGAAAUUCUAGUAAGAGAAAUGUUAAACAAGAGGUGCGUGAUCCAAGGAGAUUGAAAAAAGCCCAAGAAGAAAGACCCCAAGAGACAGCCACCCAGCAUUCUGCAAAAGCUUCUCCAGAUCCAAAGGAGAAUGCAGAAAACUGGCAGGGAUCCAAAUCAGGCAAGAGGUGGAAAUCUGGUUGGGAAGAAAGUAAAAACUCACAGCAGAAUGAUGAACACCAAGCACUUGUUAAAUCCCCUCACCAAAGACAUCGGGAAAACUGGCCUGCUGGUAAAGGAAUUCUAUCACCCCGAGCACCAAAGCAGCAGCACCGGUUAAGUGUGGAUGCCAAUUUACAGAUUCCCAAAGAAUUGACAUCUGCAAGUAAAAGGGAAUUACUUAAGAAGGCUAAUGACCGCUUAACAUCUGGAGAAAUAACACAAGAUGAGUUUCUCAUGGUAGCUCAUCAGAUCCGACAGCUGUUCCAGUAUCAGGAAGGAAAGCACAGAUGUAAUGUCUGGGAUAGUCCUACAGAGGAAAAAUGUGGUUUGAAAAAGAAACCUCUUCUAUCGGAUGCAGAAUUAACAUAUUAUGAACAUAAAGCCAAACUAAAAAGGACACAAGUUCAGCAUUCAUUGUCAAGGCUUGAUCUGUUGGAUCCUGAUGAUAUUUUGGAUUAUCAUAUACCUGAUGCAUUGCUUUCUGGAAUAGAAUGUGACCAGGCAAAAGCCAAGCGGGGAGUACAGUUUGAUAGAAAAGAACCAUUUGCAGAAAGAUCAAGGAGACACUCUCCUGUAAGUGGCACUACAAGACCUUUUGCUGAAAACGUGUCACCGCUUGAGAGUCGACGAAGACUUGAAGACCAGCGUGCUACUAAAGGAGCGAGAGGUUCUGAUCCUUAUGACAGCUGGGGAGAAUCGGAUGAAUUUAGAGAUACUCUCAGACAACAGGGGAAAAGUACAGCAGAGUUCCAGAAAACAGAUGGAGAUGCACUCUGUAGGUUUGAUAAUCGUGAAGAAAGACAGCUUCUUGGGCAAGCUGGUGUUCGAGAGGAGCCAAGGUCGCCAUUCACUGAACGUUUCAAAAGAGCUAGGUAUGAAGAUCCAGAGAAAGCACCAUUUCCAGAAAGUCCAGGAUCGAGGUUUGGAGGUAUCGAAGCAAAGCAGAGGAUAAGUGCACUGAUGGAAGACAGACCUCUGUUUGAUGGCUCACCUAGACCGACUGCUGCAAGGGUUGGGGUAGAUGGACAAGGCAGUCCUUUUGUUGAUGGUCCUGCUGCUGGUUCAAGUUCCAGAAUUGAUGGGCCAGCUGGACAGGCUGCUAUGAGAUUUGAGGGGCCUUUGGUGGGGACAGGUGCAUCUCAGUUUGAUGGACCACUGGCAGGAGCAGGGGGAGCUGGAGCCUUAAGGUUUGAUGGGCCACCAGGGCAGCUAGCAGGGUCCCUGAGAUUUGAAGGACCACCAGGCCAGGUUGGUGGAGGAGGUCCGCUGCGGUUUGAGGGACCUCUUGGGCCUUUGAGGUUUGAAGGACCUGCAGGGCAGCCUGUAGGUGGUGCUAGAUUUGAAGGUCCUGGAGUUGGUCUCAGGUUUGAGGGUCCUCAUGGUCAGCCUUCAGGUGGUCUCAGGUUUGAGGGACCUCAUGGUCAACCUAUGGGGCCUCGGGGUCAACCAGGGGGUGGUCUCAGGUUUGAGGGACCCCAUGGUCAGCCCUUGGGGCCUCAUGGUCAACCAGGGGGUAGCCUCAGGUUUGAGGGGCCACAUUUACAGCCAUUGGGGCCCCAUGGACAACUUGGAGGUGGCCUCAGAUUUGAGGGGCCACAUGGUCAGCCCAUGGGGCCACAUGGGCCAUCAGGUGGUGGGCUCAGGUUUGAGGGGCCACAUGGACCAUCGGGCGGUGGGCUGAGACUGGAUGGACCACGUGGUCAGCCGGGUCUAGGCCCCAGGUUGAUUGAUGGACCAGUACACCAGGGGGCUGGUGGACUUAGAUUUGAUGGUCCUCUUGGUCGGGCUGGUCCAAGAUUUGAUGGCUGUCAUGGAGCUGGAUUUGAUGGUCAGCCUGGACAGCUGUCUCUCCUGCAAAGAUUUGAUGGAAUUCAUGGACAGCCUGGUCCAAGGUUGGCACCUGGCCAACAGGCACAAGCAAGAUUUGAAACAGCCAUACCUCAAAGAUUUGAUGGACCUCACCAGCCAGCCUCUAGGUUCGACUUGCCCCUUGGCCUUCAGGGUGCACGUUUUGAAAAUGUAGCUAACCAUCCUGCCUCAAGACUAGAAAUGUCACCAUAUGGACAAGGUGGUCCAUUUGUUGAACAUCCUGGCCAGGGCUACAAUGGACCAGCUCAUGGAAUGCAGUUCCAGAGACCUGAUAUAUUUGAUGGUUCACCUGGACCAAAUUUCAAUGGGCCAGCUGGCCCAGGAGCACAGAACUUCCCACUGAGAGCAGCUGGACAUUACUUCGAAGAAAAAGGUCUCCAGGGUCCUCAGUAUGGAAAUUUCAGUAAUAUGGCAAUGGGAAGUAAUCAGGUUUCUCUCAUGUCUGCUCAACCAGGACCUUAUGGCCAAGGUCAGCAGUAUUUGCCAAAUCCUGGAAGUUUUGUCCAGAACCCUGCAGGAGCCCUUUCCCAUUCUUAUCCUGAUAACCACCUUGGACAGGUUGAUGUUAAUGAAUUGUUUGCUAAACUGCUGAAAACAGGGAUCCUCAAAUUGUCUAAAACUGAUUCUACUUCAGCACAAGCAAAUGAAACAUCGUCCCAGCCAACUGCUGAAGAAGAAGAUGAUGAUCAGAAUGAAGAUCAGAAUGUUCCAGACCUCACUAACUUCAUAGUUGAAGAACUUAGACAGCGUUAUGAUAGUGUUAUAAAUCGACUGUACACUGGAAUUCAGUGUUACUCCUGUGGAAUGAGAUUCACUACUUCACAGACAGAUGUUUAUGCAGAUCAUUUAGAUUGGCAUUAUCGCCAGAACCGGACAGAAAAAGACGUUAGCAGAAAAAUAACACACAGGAGAUGGUACUACAGUUUAACAGACUGGAUUGAAUUUGAAGAAAUAGCAGAUCUAGAGGAGCGUGCUAAAAGCCAGUUCUUUGAAAAAGCUCAUGAAGAGGUUGUGUUGAAAACACAGGAAGCUGCGAAAGAGAAGGAGUUUCAGAGUGUCCCAGCUGGACCAGCUGGAGCAGUGGAGAGCUGUGAAAUUUGCCAAGAACAAUUUGAACAGUAUUGGGAUGAGGAAGAGGAAGAGUGGCAUCUGAAGAAUGCUAUCAGGGUAGAUGAAAAGAUUUACCAUCCAUCUUGUUAUGAAGAUUACCAGAAUACAUCAUCAUUUGAUUGCACACCGUCUCCCAGCAAGACUCCCUCAGAAAAUCCACUAAAUAUAAUGUUGGACAUUGUUAAACAAGAAACAGAAGAGUCCUGUGACUCACCUAAAAUCAAAGAAGAACCUGAUGACACCCCUCCUGCCUGUGCAGAAGAGACCACACCUGCAUCUACAGAAAUCAAAACAGAACCUGAGGAGUCUGUUUAAAUAAACUGCGGUAUGAUUUUUUUUUUACAGGAGAGCUGCUGUGUUAAUUCUGGAAGGCGAAUACUUUUUAUAUGAAUAAAAUGUCCAAUUGAGGCAGGGCCUCAACUACUGUUUGGUUAAUAAAUACAUUUUUGUAUUUGAAAUUUCUUAUUGCCUGCAGAGUUUCAGGUGUCAUGGUGUGAAAGUUCUGUAGAUGCGUGAAAAUUUAAUGGUAUAUGUAAAAAUGUAAAAUUUUCACUUGUUGAAAUGUAAAUUAUAAAUAAAAGAUAUUUUUGCUAUGUAUGGAGUGUAAUGUUUAUGCACACCAUCAAAUAAAUACAGUGUUUCUGUACUUUUUUCAGUUUAAAAUUAAUUAAAAUGAAUUUUUGCUUAAUAAGAUUCAGAAAAAUGAAAGCAAGUUUCUUCCUUCAGUUUCCCAUAGGUGGGUUAUCAAGGGAAGGAGCUUCUCAGACAGGCCUAGAUUCCUUGUCUUUUUAAAGUUAUUUGAACAACCUUACAUAUCCAGAUGUUUAAAAAAACAAUUACAACAACAAAAUAAUAAAAAAAUCCGCAGAAAAACUUACAGAAAGUUCUGGGUAGAAGGGGAAAAUUUAACAAACCAACUGGAGUGCUUGAUUGUGGUGAACAUAAGUGCCAACAAAAAUUAACAAACCAGGAUGCCUGGUAGUUAAGACAUUUUUAAUGAUUUUUUUUUUCCAUUAGUCAAACACAAAUUUAACAAAGCUGCAUUUUCUUUACAUUACAGGGGGGGAAUGAAUGUAAGAAUGCUCAUUUGAAACAUGGUUAACUUUUUUUUUUUUUUUUUUUUUUUUUUUUUUUGUUGCUUAUGACUGGACUUAGAUGGUAAACCAGAUAUCCUGAGAUGUUAAUAUUUCUUAAAUGUUAUAAAUAAAAUGAAGCAUAUA